AUGUCCGAAUCUGAAUUUCCCAUCAAGCUCGAGCUAUCAGACGACAGCGAUCGUCAACUCCCUCAGCCACAAAAGCCCAAGGCUGCUCGCAAGCGCCAGCACAAAACCGCCACCGGGAUUCACGAUCAAGCUGACGACAUCACCAAUGUCAAAUCCGAGUACUCACCUGCUCCCAAGCGCAAGCGCAAGAACAAGACCACCGCCAAGAGCAGUAACGACUCGUCACCAGAAAACGACACCACCCACAAGCGCACGCGUGCACCAUCGACUAGUCGCAAGUGGACGGGUGCAGAGCUCGUGUCUCUUCUCGACGCCGCUGUCGGCAAGGGUGUCCCCUCGAGCGUCUUUGAAGAGGUCGUGCACCGUCGUACCAAGCACCAGUGUGAUUGCCAGUGGUGCGACCCUGUUCUUCCACUUCUCCGUCGCACUUUGCUCGAACGCGGUGGAUGA